AUGGGCGCGAACCCAGGCGUCGGCUACGCAACCGCUCAAAUCCUAGCCGGUCACCCAAACCACCAUCCUGUCGAGACCUCCAAAAAGGCCAACAAGCACUCUCCCAAUUCCGAACCAAAAAAACUCAAGGGGACUCUAUCUCUACUGCAGCUAGACGUGGAAGAUGACGCCUCCAUAACGCAAGCGGUGCACACCGUAGACGAACAAUACAACCGCCUCGACAUCUUAAUCGGCAACGCCGGCUCCGCCGCAUCCAACAGCACCGGCCGCGCCAGACUGAACCAGAUUUUCUCGACGAAUGUGAUUGGCGCAACACUGGUCUCAGAGGCUUUCAUCCCCCCCUCUUCAGAUCAGAAAACCCCUAUCUGGUCCAAGUCUCCAGUGCUCUGGGGUCAAUGA